AUGGGACUCGCACAUCUUCCCAGCAGAAGAUGGAAUCGACCACGAGGAGAUUCCACGCCAAUCUCUUCCGCUCGUCAACACCCAGGUAAAAUCCCGUUAUUCCCACUGGAAAAAUACCACCGCAAUCCAGACCAUGAAGGCAGCCACGGCUCCGAGACCGGACCACGUUUUGGCCGAUUUCUUAUGGAGGACAUCGCUUACACGAGAAACUUGCGGAACAUCUAA